GUGAACUGCCACAAGUGAACAGAAGAAGAACUCAAAACCUGCCUCGAAGAAGACACUGGAGGAAUCAUGGCGGAGGAUAAGAAAGAUGCGCGAUCAGGGAAAGCUCCUAAAAAAGAGUCUCAGCCUUUAAUUAUCGCCAAAACUCCAGCAGAAGAGCAGCGCUUGAAGUUGGAGAGAUUGAUGCGAAAUCCUGAUAAACCUGCGCCCAUACCGGAGAGACCAAAGGAUUGGAAUCCACGCGCUCCACCAGAGUUUGUGCGGGAUGUGAUGGGCUCCAGUGCUGGAGCGGGCAGCGGUGAAUUCCACGUGUAUAGACAUCUGCGCCGUCGAGAGUAUCAGAGACAGGAGUUCCUGGAACGAAUAUCGGACAAGCAAAAGCUGGAUGAAGAUUAUAUUGAGAAGGUGAAAGAAAACCAAAAGGCUGCUGAGGAAAGAACAGCCAAACGCAGAAAGAAGAGGGAAAAGUUGAAACAAAAGAAGUUGAUGGCCAAGAAAGCCAAGAUGGAGAGCCAGAAAGAAGCAGCCUCAGAGGACGCGUCGUCAUCCUCGGCUUCUGAAGCAGAGGAGCAAGAUGAUGAUGCAGAAGUGCCCAGCUUCAUCAUGGGGAAAAGGUGACCGAAUGAAGGAAUGGAAGUUUCCAGCAUAUAUUACCAUGUGAUGCCAAAAACACCUCAGGCAAAGAACAAUUACCAACGUGUUCUGACGACACUUUUUUUUUUUUGUUUGAAAUGUUUUAGAAGUGCUCUGGCAUCCUUUAUGGUAGAUGUUAAACGCUUGAGGUUGAUAUGGUCUGAUGUUCAACACUUGACCUGGACAUUUAAAAAAAGCUGUAAAAAGCUUUUUCUUCACUGGAGUGUUGAUUAAAAUAAUUUGGUGACUUUACCUAAAGCCUUCAUGUAUAAUGCAUUAUAAAAGUAUUUUAAUGCAUUAAUUAUGCCCUGUAAUGCACCUUAUAAGGCAUUGUAUGGUCUCAUGAAUAAUUGUAAUCUCAGUUAUAAUACAUUAUCUAUUUAUUGAGCACACCUUUUGAAAGUUUAAUGCUUUAAAACAUGACAAACCAAACUCAGAAUCUGCAAAUAUUAUAAUGCAUUUUAACUUUGGUUAGUUAUUUAUGAAAAUAUUUAAUGCAUUAUAAUGCAUUAUACAUAAAGGCUUUAAGUAAAUUGUUACCAAUAAUUUGACCAGGAUUGACUUUUAUUCUAUUGUAAAUAUGUAUUUUUUAAAUAAACAGUUAUGGGAAUAA